AUGGCAGAUCUUGUUGUAGAACAAACUCAAGAAAUCACCAUCUCCAAAACUUUCCCAACUAGACCAAAUCUAAAACCCAAACCUAAAGCCCCAUCAAAAACCCCUGAAUCCAAAUACUGGUCUUCCUUCAAAUCCCACCAAAUUUCAAACCUCAUAUCUUCCAUCCCUUCCAUCGAUUUCUCACCUACAUCCCCUCAUCACUUUGCCGCCGCCAAUUCCGCCUCCGUCACUCUCUUUUCCUCCCAAACACUCUCUCCCACCUCCACCAUAUCCUCCUUUUCCGAUGUUGUCACCUCCUGCUCCUUCCGCUGCGACGGCUCCCUCAUCGCCGCCUCCGAUCUCUCCGGUCUUAUUCGGGUAUUCGAUGUCAAGACACGAACCCCACUUCGUCGCCUGCGGUCCCAUGCCCGCCCUGUUCGUUUUGUCAAGUACCCAUUACUCGAUAAGCUCCAUUUGGUGUCUGGCGGUGAUGAUUCUGUUGUUAAAUACUGGGAUGUUGCUGGGGAGAGUGUGGUUUUGGACUUGUAUGGUCACAGGGACUAUGUGAGGUGUGGUGAUUGCUCUCCAGUUAAUGGAGAGAUGUUCGUUACUGGGUCUUAUGAUCACACUGUGAAGCUGUGGGAUGCCAGGGUUGAUAGUAAAGAAUCAGUUAUUGAAGUAAAUCAUGGAAAGCCUGUUGAGGAUGUGAUUUUUUUGCCUUCAGGUGGAAUGAUUGCGACUGCAGGAGGGAAUAGUGUGAAGAUAUGGGAUUUGAUUGGAGGAGGGAAGAUGGUUUAUUCGAUGGAGAGUCAUAACAAGACUGUUACUUCUAUUUGUGUAGGGAAAGUAGGGAAAGAGAGUGGAGAGGAGGCUUUGCAGUAUAGGAUUUUAAGUGUGGCUUUAGAUGGCUAUAUGAAGGUUUUUGAUUAUGCAAAAAUGAAGGUUACUCAUUCCAUGAGGUUUCCUGCCCCACUAAUGUCAAUCGGGUUUUCGCCAGAUUGUAUGACUAGGGUUAUUGGAUCUUCCAAUGGGAUUAUAUUUGCUGGGAGGAGGAAGGCAAAGGAGGAUGUGGGAGAGAGUAAAUUGGGGAAUUUUUGGGCUCUUGGCAGUGUAGAGGAUCCACAGAGGCGGGGUUUGAGGCCAACUUAUUUUAGGUAUUUUCAUAGGAGUCAAGGGGAGAAGCCAAAUGAGGGGGAUCAUUUGAUAAUGAGGCAAAAGAAGGUGAAAUUGGCGGAGCAUGAUAAGUUGUUGAAGAAGUUUAGGCAUAGAGAAGCAUUAGUUUCAGUUUUGGGUGGGAAGAACCCAGAGAAUGUGGUGGCUGUGAUGGAGGAAUUAGUGGCAAGGAGGAAGUUAUUGAAAUGUGUUGUGAAUUUGGACGAGGAGGAGCUUGGGUUGUUGUUGGGUUUCUUGCAUAAACACUCAACUGCGCCAAGACAUUCUGGUUUAUUGAUGGGGUUGACUAGAAAGGUACUUGAAAUGCGGGCUGAAGACAUUAGAGCUUCUGAUGCUUUGAAAGGUCAUAUUAGAAACCUUAAAAGGUCGGUUGAAGAGGAGAUCAGAAUUCAACAUUCACUUCAAGAGAUACAGGGUAUAAUUUCUCCUUUAUUGAGAAUUGCUGGGAGAAGAUAA